AUGUUACGGAUUGAUUAUAAAAUACAUGGUGUUCCUGUAUAUGCUUGGCGUGGUUUCAGUUCUCGACAUUUUCGCUUGUUGUCUACUCUUUGUCGAUUAACUAAUGAAACUGUAACUCACGCUAUCGAAAACUUCGGUAUACAAAAACUGGUCACACUCGAUGUAAUCAAAGAAGAUGAUUUUAAUAUUCAAUUAAAUACCGCUCUCAAUCAAUUUAAACAAACACUUAUGAUAAACUUUGACCUUCUCAUUAAUACGAUUCAACUUCUCAUUCAGUUAUUAUUUAAUCUCACGGGUCCAGCAAACUUGAAAACGAAGGCAGUCGAUUGUAUCUGUGCUACUGAUCCUUAUUGUCAAACACCAGUGGUUGAUCCUGUCGAUCAAGUAUAUACUUUGGCCCUUGCCACAUCGUUUAAUGAUGUUCCGGGACAAGUUCUCAGCUGCUUCAAAUUCGAUUCUGUACUCCUGUCGACACUUGAAUGCUACUACUCAGAUUCUUGUCUGGCUUUAAGCUAUAAAUAUAUCAACUUGACAUUAUAUAACACUGAUACAGAUUUCAAGAUGGUAAAUGCCACAUUACUUGUUUAUGAUCUAGUAUCGAGCCGUUUUCCUCCAAAUACAUCAAUCUCAGCGAUAUUGAAAGAAUUAAUGAUUGAACAGUGGAAUUCAUCAUUUUCAUUUGAUCGAUAUUAUGAGACCUGUGCGCCGAUCAAAUGUACUUAUUCUCAAAUAUGUUCAAGUGUAUUCACCUCACAACAAUGGCAAACCAAUAUUACUAAAAGUCUUGUUCCUGAUCUUUCUGUUUAUCUUAUCAAAGAUUAUCGUCGUUUUAUUUCAUCUCAUUUUCAAUUUCUUUCUCAUUUAUGUUAUCUGGCUACAGAAUCUAUGAAUGAUACAAUUGAUCAACUUCUUUUUUCGUUUCUGUUGACUAAUGAACUCUUAUCAUCUCAUGAACUAGAUAUGCGUAUUGAGUUACUUGUGAAUCAAACUCGAUCAAGUGCUCCUAUUAACUUUCGAGAUCGUCUUUUUCUCCUUCGAACAGCCAGUCAUGCUACACCUAUCAUUUCAACUUAUGAAACUAAUUUUCGCUUUAUUGCUCCAUGGCUUAAUGCUAGUUCUUCUUCGGCAAUAACUUAUGCAUUAACAUAUGACAAUAAUUGUUCGUGCGCAUUGGAUAUGACAUGCAAUACUCAAGCGGGUUUUUUUUUACAAAAUGGAUCUGUUUUUGUGCCAAUUAAAGGUUUAAAAAUGGGCUGUACACCAAGUGAAGCAUUAUUAGCUUCGACAUUAGAAUGUUUCUAUGAUUCAUUAUGUAUCAAUCGUAUUCAAGAGUAUACUAUUGCUGCGAACAAUUCAAUAAACAUCAUUAAUUAUUCAUCACUUUCCAUUAAUAAUAGUCGAUACUUGAUUAAUUCAACAGUAAUGGAGCUUAUCAAUGAUCUCUUUUUGGAAAAUUGGGUGACAAAUAUAAGCUAUCCUGCAUAUUUUGCAAAAUGUUCACCCUUUUCAUGUUCGCAUUCUUUUAAACAACAAUAUAGUUUUAUCUAUACGAUAACUUUGUUAAUUGGCCUCUACGGUGGAUUAACAUUCAUUUUCAAAUGGAUAUGUCCUAAAUUAGUUGUGUUGUUCAAUAAAAUAUAUCGUUAUUGGAAAAAAAGAAGAAAUAUUGUUCAAUCCGAUUUAUCAACCACUGUGACGACUGUUGAAAACACUGUUACUAUACAACAAACAGCUAAUGUACACAAUAUCGUUGUACAUUCAGAUGAACAACCUACAAGUUCAUUACAUACGAUGCAAUUUUCUACGAGAACCAAUCGGUUUUUCAUCUUAGGGACUAUAGUAUUCGUAGCUAUGAUAAUUGUUUUAGUUAUUGUAUCUAUUUACUUGAAUCGCUUGGUGAAACCAGUUGAUACAAUAUUUACAAUACCAUCAACAGUUAGUACAAUGAUCACAACAUCCAGUAUGAUCAUUUCAUCAACACCAGGUUUGUAUAGUGAUCGUGUAUUUAAAAAAAAUUUAACCAUUAUAUCUUGUAUGAGAAUAACUAGUAUAAGACUUGAAGAAAUUGAUGGUGUUGAACCACCAUGCCAAGUGACAUUUCAAUUAUCAUCAACAUACCCGAAUAAUGGUGAUGGUGGCGGAUCUCAUCUUGCGGCUGGUGACUUCGAUAACAAUGGUUAUUUAGAUAUUCCUUUCGUUAAUCCAGGCCCUGACACUAUGGGAAUUUUAUUGAGUAAUAAUGACGGAAGUUUUAGAGUACAAGGAUCUUAUUCGUUCGAACAACAUACUGACCCAUCAUGGAUUGUUGUUGGAGAUUUUAAUAACGAUGGCCAUGCAGAUAUCGUUGUCAUUAGUUACACAUAUAACAUUAUAAGUAUCUUUCCUGGUAAUGGUGAUGGAAUUUUUGAAACUGGAAUGACAUCGUCAACCACACCUGUUUUACAUCCAGAAACCGCUGUUACUGUUGAUUUUAAUGGUGAUGGUAAUUUAGAUCUCAUUAUUGGUGGUCUUGGUUUGUGUAUAAAGUUUGGUGAUGGUACAGGUAGUUUUAGUGCACCAUUGGUGGUUGCAGCUGAUAUCGAAUUUGUAGAUAUGAUUAUGACUGGACAUUUCAAUGAUGACGAUCUACUUGAUCUGAUUGUAUUGGACAGUUAUGAUGCGUAUAUAAAAGUUCUACUGAAUGACGGCCGUGGAGAUUUCAGAUUAUCUACCGAAUUUUCUACUGGACAAUAUUCUUCUCCAGAGUCAUUUACUCUGUCUGACUUCAAUAAUGAUAAUCGCUUGGAUCUGGCUGUUGCGAAUACAGACAAUAGUAAUAUAGGCAUAUUUCUUCAGAAUAGCAACGGAACAUUUAAUCAAAAAAUAACAUAUUUUACUGGAACAUACAGUCAGCCAACUUCGAUAGUAGCAGCCGAUUUUAACAAUGAUGGUCAGAUAGAUCUGAUUGUCACCAAUCAGUAUUUGCAUAAUCUAGGUAUUUUUCUUGGAUCUGGUGAUGGAACAUUUUUCUCACCAACCAUAUUUUCCACGGGCACUGGCAGCACACCGACAGACCUUAUUGCAAGAGACUUCAACAAUGAUAGAAAAUUAGAUCUUGCGGUUGUGGAUAAAAAUAAUAAUAAUAUAAUUAUUUUAUUCAAUACAUGUACUUGUUGUGCUGAUGAAGUUCUUCAACAACAAUAG